UGUUUUUCCUCUCACGCUCCCUCAGGCCUUUUAAAUGGAAUCAAAUGUGGAUAAGCUGUUUCCUGCACCUACGCCAUACUUCUUACCAGAGGACUGUAAAUCGGAUCAAGAUGUCAAAGUCUACAAAGUCUACAAAGUCCACUCACCUUUCACCCGACCACCACCACCACUACAGCCACCACAACCGCCUUCCUCGUCUUCAGGAGUUUGCUUGCCCAACAAUAUUCUCUCAGCUGUACCAGUGUAUGAUGCCCCUUCACGUUCACCCAGGGCAAAGUUUGUGAGCUAUGAAGCUGAGCUGCGAUGCUCUCCAGGUCUGGCAACCUGCCCCUCCUGCAGGACUCGGGUCACCACAGAGGUCACCUUUAAAGCCGGGACUUUUGCGUGGCUCAUGUGUCUUGUGUUUGUGUUAUGCGGGUUGGUGCUCGGCUGCUGCCUGAUUCCAUUUUUUGUAAACCACUUCAAGGACGCCUACCACAGUUGUCCACGCUGUCGACGGGUUCUUCACGUGCACAAGAAGCGGUGCUGCGAGUGAACACACAAUUGCUGGAGUCAAAUGCAUGUUUAGACAUAAGAGCACAUGAGUUCCUGUCGUGUAAAAUUCGAUAUUUUAAACGUUCUAAUCAAAUUGUGAAAGAAUCCUAUUAAAUAAAUGUGUUCUG